AUGUGCGAGGCGAUGCAGGCCGCCGCGGAUGCGGCGGCCUCGGGCAUGGUCAGCGUGGUAGGCUUAGAUAGCGAGAAGACGGAGCAGCUCUGCGCCACGGCCUCCGAGCUCUCGGGAAAGAGGGUGCAGAUCGCGAACUACCUGUGCAAGGGCAACUACACCGUCUCCGGUGACAAGGAGGCCUGUGCCAAGCUGGCGGAGAUCGCAAAGCCCGAGUUCAAGGCGCGCAUGGCGGUGCCUCUUGCCGUGGCCGGAGCCUUCCACACGGACUUCAUGGCACCAGCAGUGGAGAAGCUGAAGGAGGUGCUCGCGA